UUCAUGGAAAGGCAGUUUUCCACCACGGCUCCUGUUCUAUUGUGCAUCAGCGCAGUAGCCCUGCCCCUUUACAAGUUGGUGACAAGGGCUCAAAUACUCUAGGUAGCUUUUCCACCGGGGCAUAAAUUCCAGCAACGCAAGCAAACACUUGUCUGUAUUCAUCUGGAUAGCAACACUGCUGGUUCUCAGGGAUGGGAAUACAAACUGCCAGGAUAUUUUUUGUGCUGUUUGUGAUCUCAACUGGCAUUGUACUUUUUACUCUAUCAAGGCGAAAUUUAUCACAAAGCAUCAGCUGGACCGCUUUCUCAGGAAAAUUCAAACACAGAGAUGGAGACAGUAAAAUUACAGUCUUGGAUAAUAAAGGAAACUCAACUCCAUCGCCUGCUGUGUCACCCACAACAACACAUAAAGCAAAAAUCACUGAUUCAGUGACAACAAACCCAGUGACAGAGUUUAAAACUGAUGUAAUGAGAACCUCUACGCAUGGCGCUGUAGCUGAGACUCCCAUGCCUGUCCUCUUCAAAAGUUCCUUCAAGAAACUCCCCAAGUGGGAUUUUGAGGAUAAAUAUAACCAGGAUGCUCCACCCAGACAGACAACAUGUGCCCAGUCUCUACGGAAGUCUGAAGAUGAGAGCUUUAAGAAGGCUUUUCUUCCCAACAUACGCUUGUUUAUGCACAAAGACAAUAUCAACAUGAGCGAGUGGAACCGACUUUCCCAUUUUAACAAUCCUUUCGGUUUCAUGGGGUACAAGUAUGAUGACGUGAUGGCCUCAGCGAAAUUGAUCUCAAAGCCAAAGGAGCCACUACUCCUUCCAGUUCCAGGCAGUGAUGGAUGUGUUCGCUGUGCUGUGGUGGCCACCUCUGGGAUCCUCUAUGGCUCUAAAUUGGGGAAAGAGAUCGAUGCACACGAUUAUGUGUUUCGGAUGAACGGUGCUGUCAUCAAGGGUUUCGAGGAAGACGUAGGAAACAAAACGUCAGUGUACGUUCACACGGCCCACUCCAUCACUUCAGCCUCAUAUACGCUGAAGAAGUAUGGAUACAAAUCUGUCCCUCAUGAUGAGGGUAUAAAAUACGUAAUGAUUCCUGAGGGGAUGAGGGAUUUUCAGUGGCUCCAGGGUCUUCUCAAAGGAGAAAGGGUCUCUGCUGGUCCAUAUCGUAACAAGCGGCCGAGGACGUACUAUGCCCAGCAGUACAAUGAGACACGCUUCUACGUUCUGCACCAGGACUUUCUCAGAUACGUGCGGAACAGGUUCUUGUCUUCUCAUAUCUUGAAUUCUGUACACUGGGGAAUUGUGAGACCAACCAAUGGGGCAUUCACUCUCUUCCUGGCUCUACAAACCUGUGACAUAGUGGAUGCAUAUGGAUUCAUUACUGGUGACCACAAGAAAUACUCCAACUACUAUUAUCAGAGGAAUGCUAAAACCCAUGUCGUUUACUACAUCAAUCAUGAUUACACAGUGGAAAUGAAUAUGUGGAAAAAACUGCACAACAGCAAAAUAAUUAGGCUAUAUCAAAGAACUGACCCUGAAACAGAAAAGCCAAAGCAAUAAUGACACACUGAGAAUGGCGGUAAUGGCAUCAAGAGCUGAGGAUAUUUUUACAUGGAAAACCAGGUAAGGAACGUGUUCCACAAAGAGAUUAUCAAAGACAUUACCAAAACCUGACCAUAAGUGCUCUUAAGCACUUAUUAGUGCUUACUUAGGUACUCCAAAGUCACUAUAAAGUUGAAUAAACACUUCUUCUGGUGAAACAGUCAGCAAAAAACUGACAUUAUAACCUUCAUGAGGGUGGGACUGAAGGGUUGGUGCGUUACACUAGUUUUAGUGAUUAGCUAGUUUUGAUUGUAGUAUGUCUCUAAUUAGGUGGUAGAUAGAAAAAAAACAAUAUACCUUACUAUUAAAUAAGAGAGAUGAAAUAUCAUUAAGUAUAGCUAUCAUAAUACAAAUGUAAAAAUGCUGUCAUAGAUGAUAAAAGGAUUUCCCAUUUUGUGCUCUUGUAAUGUGGAAAAUCCAUUGCCAUGUCAUGAUAGCAUGAUAGCCAAAAAAAAGCAACGUGCUGGGAGAAAGAACAAUGAAUUACUAGAUUAUUAGUGAUAAAUUCUUAUGUGACAAUCCUCUUGUUUCCAAAAAGUGUUCACUUCUCGUGACACAUUGAUAUCUGUCUGACAUCUGUCGGCUCUAGCUAGCUAAGCUAACGUAAAUUCCAAGGAAAAAAUAGCAGCUAGCAGCAAUGAUAAUGCUAACCCAGACUACAUGAAGAUAGCACUUACAGUUACUGAGAAG